AUGUUACUGACAGGUGUUGAGGCUCAGCACAGUGUAACUCUCUCCUCUAAGAGUCUCUGUGCUGUUACUGGAUCUACAGUUAAAAUCCCCUGUACAUUUACAACACCACCUCACUUCACUGUUGUAAAGAGAGAGUGGUAUCGAGUCCAGAGCUCUGAAGGAGAACCACAAGACCUGAGCACAGAUCCACAAUACUCAGGACGAGUGUCUGUAAGCACAGUGACGUCUGACUGUGAGCUGACAGUGAGGAAUGUGAGUGUGAAUGACUCUGGAGUUUAUAACUUUAGAUUUAAAACACAGAGACGUCACUGGAUAUCAGCAUCAUCUAGAGUUCGUCUGACUGUUACAGGUGUACAGAGUAAAAAGUGUUGGGGUGUGACUUACACUUCUAAACAUGUGUGUGCUUUGAAAGGCACAUCAAUUGAUCUCUCCUGCUCUUAUAAACAUCCUACAGGCCUUACUGUGCUCAAAAAUGUGUGGUUCAUUGAAAAAAAAGGUGAUGUUGAGCCUGUGGAUGUGAGAGAGGAUGAGGAGUAUCAGGGCCGAGUGCAGUACACACACAGCUCCCAGAAUAAGUGUGGUCUGAAAAUCACUAACCUGACAGAGAGAGACACUCAAACAUACAAAUUCAGAUUCUACACUGAUGAUCCUAAAGGAAAGUACACAGGACAAUAUGGAGUCUUUCUGUCUGUCACAGAUGUGAAGGUUACAGUAUCAGACUGGAGAGACCAGUACAUGACACUGAGCUGUAUCACCACCUGCACUCUAUCUAACAACCCCACUUACAUCUGGUACAAGAACGGACAGCGUGUGUCUGACUGUAAAUCUGCCUCCUGCUCUGUAGCUGCAGUCAGUGGUGCGCUCAGUUACAGCUGUGCUGUUGAAGGCCAUGACAGUCUCCUCUCUCCUCCAGUCUGUGUUGGUGAAAACUGUUGGGCUGUGACCUACACAAACAUAAGAGUCUGUGCUUUGGACGGAUCUUCAGUGGAGUUUGCUGGAAGUUACUCACAUCCCAGUGAUCAGAGAGUUAAUAAUGUAUUCUGGCAUUCUAUUCAGUCACGAAAGGACUUCCUGGACCUGAGGCAGGAAACACAGUUUUUAAAUCGAGUUGAAUAUGUGAACAAAGACAGAGACAGCAAUUUAAAAAUGAUCCAGGUGACAAAGAAGGACUCUGGAGAAUAUCGCCUUAGAAUCAUUACUAAUGAUAGAAAAGGAUUCUCUGGUAGACCUGGAGUGGUGUUGAAUGUUACAGACCUCCGAAAAACUGUGGCGGACUGGCCAAACUGGCAGCUAACGCUGAGCUGCAUCACCUCUUGCACUCUGUCUAACAACUUCACUUACGUCUGGUACAAGAACGGACAGCGUGUUACUGACAAACUCACCAAACACAACAAGCUCUACCUGAUUUCCUUUAAAGAUGUAGGCAACUACUCCUGUGCUGUGAGAGGACAUGAGGAUCUUCGCUCUCCUGAACAACCUAAAUCCUAUUGCCUUCCUCACACCAAAAAUUGUUGGGGUGUGACUUACACUCCUGAACAUGUGUGUGCCCUGAAAGGUACAUCGAUUGAUCUCUCCUGCUCCUACAAACACCCUGCAGGACUCACAGUGUUAAAAUCAGUCUGGUUCAUUAAAGAGCAGGCUGAUGGUGAGCCUGUGGAUGUGAGAGAGGAUGAGGAGUAUCAGGGCCGAGUGCAGUACACACAGAGCUCCCAGAAUAAAUGUAGUCUAAGAAUCACUAACCUGAGAAAGAGAGACGCUCAAACAUACAGAUUCAGAUUCUACACUGAUGAUCCUAAAGAUCCUAAAUACACUGGAGAACCAGGAGUCCCUCUGUCUGUUACAGAUCUGAAGGUUACAGUAUCAGACUGGAGAGACCAGUACAUGACACUGAGCUGUAUCACCACCUGCACUCUAUCUAACAACCCCACUUACAUCUGGUACAAGAACGGACAGCGUGUGUCUGACUGUAAAUCUGCCUCCUGCUCUGUAGCUGCAGUCAGUGGUGCGGUCAGUUACAGCUGUGCUGUUGAAGGCCAUGACAGUCUCCUCUCUCCUCCAGUGUAUUCCCCUAAAAACACCAGAGCAGUGGUUCUUUCCUCUGGAGACACAGUGGAGGGGGAUUCAGUGACUCUGAGCUGUAGCAGUGAUGCAAACCCUCCAGUUCUCACCUACUCCUGGUUUAAGCAGAGAGCAGCUGCAGACACACUGCUGACAACAGGCCAGAAUUACAGCAUCAGCAACAUCAGCCCCCAGCACAGCGGACUGUACUACUGCACUGCUCACAACCAGCUGGGACAGCACAACUCCACACCAAAACUUCUAAAUGUUUUAUAUUCCCCUAAAAACACCAGUGCAGUGGUUCUUCCCUCUGGAGACACAGUGGAGGGGGAUUCAGUGACUCUGAGCUGUAGCAGUGAUGCAAACCCUCCUGUUCUCAACUACACCUGGUUUAAGCAGGGAGUAGCUGCAGACACACUGCUGACAACAGGCCAGAAUUACAGCAUCAGCAACAUCAGCUCCCAGCACAGCGGACUGUACUACUGCACUGCUCACAACCAGCUGGGACAACACAACUCCACACCAACACUCCUGGAUGUGUUAUAUUCCCCUAAAAACACCAGAGCAGUGGUUCUUUCCUCUGGAGACACAGUGGAGGGAGAUUCAGUGACUCUGAGCUGUAGCAGUGAUGCAAACCCUCCUGUUCUUACCUACUCCUGGUUUAAGAAGAGAGCAGCUGCAAACACACUGCUGACAACAGGCCAGAAUUACAGCAUCAGCAGCAUCAGCUCCCAGCACAGCGGACUGUACUACUGCAUUGCUCGCAACCAGCUGGGACAGCAAAAGUCCACACCAACACUCCUGGAUGUGUUUUAUUCCCCUAAAAACACCAGAACAGUGGUUCUUUCUUCCGGUGACAUGGUGGAAGGAAGUUCAGUGACUCUGAGCUGUUGCAGUGAUGCAAACCCUCCUGUUCUCACCUACUCCUGGUUUAAGCAGAGAGCAGCUGCAGACACACUGCUGACAACAGGCCAGAAUUACAGCAUCAGCAACAUCAGCUCCCAGCACAGCGGACUGUACUACUGCACUGCUCACAACAAGCUGGGACGGCACAGCUCCACACCAACACUACUAAAUGUGUUAUAUCCCCCUAAAAACACCAGAGCAGUGGUUCUUUCCUCUGGAGACACAGUGGAGGGGGAUUCAGUGACUCUGAGCUGUAGCAGUGAUGCAAACCCUCCUGUUCUCAACUACUCCUGGUUUAAACAGAGAGCAGCUGCAGACACACUGCUGACAACAGGCCAGAAUUACAGCAUCAGCAGCAUCAGCUCUCAGCACAGCGGACUGUACUACUGCACUGCUCACAACAAGCUGGGACAGCACAACUCCACACCAACACUCCUGGAUGUGUUGUAUUACCCUAAAAACACCAGAGCAGUGGUUUUUCCCUCUGGAGACACAGUGGAGGGGGAUUCAGUGACUCUGAGCUGUAGCAGUGAUGCAAACCCUCCUGUUCUUAAUUACACCUGGUUUAAGCAAAGAGCAGCUGCAGACACACUGCUGACAACAGGCCAGAAUUACAUCAUCAGCAACAUCAGCUCCCAGCACAGCGGACUGUACUACUGCACUGCUCACAACCAGCUGGGACAGCACAACUCCACACCAACACUCCUGCAUGUGUUAGACUCCCCUAAAAACACCAGAGCAGUGGUUCUUUCCUCUGGAGACACAGUGGAGGGGGAUUCAGUGACUCUGAGCUGUAGCAGUGAUGCAAACCCUCCUGUUCUCAACUUCUCCUGGUUUAAGCAGAGAGCAGCUGCAGACACACUGCUGACAACAGGCCAGAAUUACAGCAUCAGGAACAUCAGCUCCCAGCACAGCGGACUGUACUACUGCACUGCUCACAACCAGCUGGGACAGCACAACUCCACACCAACACUCCUGAAUGUGUUUUAUUUCUACUCAGAUUCCCCUAAAAACACCAGAGCAGUGGUUCUUUCCUCUGAAGACACAGUGGAGGGGGAUUCAGUGACUCUGAGCUGUAGCAGUGAUGCAAACCCUACUGUUCUCACCUACGCCUGGUUUAAGCAGAGAGCAGCAUCAGACACACUGCUGACAACAGGCCAGAAUUACAGCAUCAGCAACAUCAACCCCCAACACAGCGGACUGUACUACUGCACUGCUCACAACCAGCUGGGGCAGCACAACUCCACACCAACAGAACUGGAUGUUUUAUAUUUCCCUAAAAACACCAGAGCAGUGGUUCUUUCCUCCGGAGACAUGAUGGAAGGAGGUUCGGUGACUCUGAGCUGUAGCAGUGAUGCAAAUCCUCAUGUUCUCACCUACUCCUGGUUUAAGCAGAGAGCAGCUGCAGACACACUGCUGACAACAGGCCAGAAUUACAGCAUCAGCAGUAUCAGCUCCCAGCACAGCGGACUGUACUACUGCACUGCUCACAACAAGCUGGGACGGCACAGCUCCACACCAACAUUCCUGGAUGUAUUAUAUUCCCCUAAAAACACCAGAGCAGUGGUUCUUUCCUCUGGAGACACAGUGGAGGGGGAUUCAGUGACUCUGAGCUGUAGCAGUGAUGCAAACCCUCCUGUUCUCACCUACUCCUGGUUUAAGCAGAGAGCAGCUGCUGACACACUGCUGACAACAGGCCAGAAUUACAGCAUCAGCAACAUCAGCUCCCAGCACAGCGGACUGUACUACUGCACUGCUCACAACCAGCUGGGACAGCACAACUCCACACCAACACUCCUGGAUGUGUUAUAUUUCCCCAAAAACACCAGAGCAGUGGUUCUUUCCUCUGGAGACACAGUGGAGGGGGAUUCAGUGACUCUGAGCUGUAGCAGUGAUGCAAACCCUACUGUUCUCACCUACUCCUGGUUUAAGCAGAGAGCAACUGCAGACACACUGCUGACAACAGGCCAGAAUUACAGCAUCAGCAACAUCAGCUCCCAGCACAGCGGACUGUACUACUGCACCGCUCACAACCAGCUGGGACAGCACAACUCCACACCAACACUCCUGGAUGUGUUAUGUAAGUAA